CGCCAUCGUCCUGCGUUUUCUCUUUCGCCACUUCGUCACCUCCCCCCCAGGCAGCCUGCUCGCACACCCUCCCCGUCUCGCCCUCGUCGUCGCUGCUCUCCCCCGCCCCUCAUGGCUCCCUCCGUCUUGGUUCUGGGCGGUGUCGGCUUCAUCGGCCGCCACUUUGUCGCCUAUCUCAUCGAAAACAACCUGGCCUCCAGAGUACGCGUCGCCGACAAAGUUCUCCCGGCGACGGCCUACCUCUCCGAGAAGCAUAGGGUCGUCUUUGCCGAUCCCAGGGUCGAGUUCAAGCAGUCCAACCUUGGCAACGCCGCUUCUGCUGAGCGAGCCUUUGCCCUGGAUGACGGCUCCGAAUUCGAUUACGUCUUCAACCUGGCUGCCGAGACCAAAUACGGCCAGACCGAGGAGGUCUAUCACGAUAAGGUUUACCAGGUCGCCAUGGUGGUUGGCAACGAGGCCGCCAAGCGAAAGGUCAAGGCCUUUGUUGAAGUCAGCACUGCUCAGGUUUAUGAGUCCGAUAAGAGACCCUCUACCGAGGAGUCUAAGCUGAAGCCCUGGACUCAGCUUGCGAAAAUGAAGCUGAAGGCUGAGGAGGACCUGCGAAAGAUUCCCGGUCUCAACCUUAUCAUUCUGAGACCAGCUGUCGUCUACGGCCCUAACGACAUCCUCGGCAUCACUCCCCGCCUGAUCAUCGGUGCUGUCUAUCGCCAGCUGCAAGAAGAGAUGAAGCUGCUGUGGACCAAGGAUCUGAAGAUCAACACCGUCCAUGUUUACGAUGUGGCCACCGCCCUCUGGGCUGUCACUGCGUCUCCUGCCGAGAAGGGUGGCCGCACCACCCCUCUUGCUCCUGGAACUGCCGAGAUUUACAACUUGGCUGACAAGUCGGACACAGACCAGGGCUCGAUCAACGAGCACAUCCAAGCCAUCUUUGGUAUCCAGACUGGAUAUCAGGGUACUGUCAUCAGCCAGUUUGCCAAGCUGAACCUUGACUCGGUCACUGAGGACGUCAACGAUAAGCAUCUCCAGCCCUGGUCGGAUCUGUGCAAAAACGGCGGUGUUGCCAAUACCCCUCUGACUCCUUACCUCGACAAGGAGCUGCUCAAGGACAACGCCACCAGCAUCGACGGCUCCAAGAUCGAGAAGGUCUUUGGAUUCACCUACAAGCACCCCGUAUUGACGGAAGAGAGUCUGCGCGCCGUUGUCACUGAUUUCGAGGCCAUCGGCAUCUGGCCCAAGGGCACCACAAAAUAGAGCAAACAGAGCCUUGACACAUACCUUCUCUGUCUGCUUUUUGGCUGCCUACCCCCCCCUCCUCGCCCUUCCGAAAGAAAGAGACUAACGCCUACCUCCCACCGCUUUACUGCUCAGCCGACGAACAUGUCUGGCCUGCAAUCGCUCUCACCCUGUCGUUCGACUUUGAUUGUUUUUCUUCUACCCUCUCUUCUCACCAUUCGCCCCCUUCUUUUUUUUUUUUUGCCUCGUGCGCUCCACUGCUUAUCGGUUCUCUUUUCCUCUCCGAUCGAACUCGUGCCUUUCUUGAGCUCUUUUCCUCCCUUCCCUUCACUUCGCUUAACUUCUUUUCUUCCCUCCCGCCUCUCGGCCUGCCCUCCCAACAACCGCCUUUGUCAGAUACUUGAGCUGAGACGAGAUUGAACAAACAAAUAAAUCCUCCAAAGUCUUCGAACUCCCA